GAGCGAGGAGCAGCAGUACCUGCGCUGGCUGCGGGGCCAGGCCGCCCCCCCGGAGCCGCUGCAGGACCUGGAGCCGCUGCAGAAGUUCUGGUCGAACGGGGUGGAGCUGGCGGGCGAGCGAUUCCUGCGGGAUUAUCUCCUGGGCAACGGCUUCCAGGGAGAGCAGGAGGAGGAGGAGGGGGACGAAGGGUGAGCGGGACCCCCAGACCCCCCGGGACCCCCCCAGAGCACCCCCUGACCCCCCCCGACCCCCCCAGAGCGGGGGGAGCAGUUCCUGGAGCGGCAGCAGGAAUUCGAGCGCCGGCACAACUUCCGCUUCGAGGAGCCGGGGGCGGCUCAGAUCCAGACCUUCCCACGCCACAUCCCCACCUCGGUGCGGCGCCGCGACGAGCGGCGCAAGGAGAAGCGGGAGCAGAUCCGGGAGAGGAAGAAGAAGGACCGGGAGCGGCGCCGGGAGGAGCUGAAGCAGCUGAAGAACCUGAAGCGGCAGGAGCUGGCCGCCAGCAUCGCCCGCAUCCGCGACGCCUCCGGCUGCGACGCCUCCGGCCUCACGAGCUCCCUGCUGCAGGAGGAUUUCGAUCCCGCCCGCCACGAUCGGCUCAUGGCCGAAUGGUUCGGGGAGGAAUUCUACGGCCAGGGGGAGGAGGAGAAGCCGCAGUUCGAGGAAGAGGAGGGGCUGGAGGAUGACUGGAACUGGGACGCUUGGACGGGGGGGGAAGAGGGGGGGGAGCCCCCGAGGGAGCCGCACUGCGAGGACCCCGACUUCGUGAUGGACGCCGAUUACGUCCCCGAGCCCCCCCCGGACCCCGCAGCCCCCCCGGGCCGGGCCCCCCCCGAGGUUUCCUUCGGGAAGCGGCGCCGCCGGACGCGAUUCAGGGAGGCCCUGGAGCGGGAGAAGCCCCCGUUCGACCCGUCCCCCUCCGGCCCCUUCGAGCGCUACCUGGACGAGUUCUACGGCCUCGACUUCGAGGACAUGAGGGACCUCCCCUGCCGCUUCAAGUACCGCCAGGUCCCCUGUGACUUCGGCCUCACCACCGACGAGAUCCUGGCGGCCGACGACAAGGAGCUGAACCGCUGGUGCUCCCUGCGCAAGACCUGCAUUGUACCGGUGAGGGGGGGGCUCCGGGGGGGCUCCGGGGGGGUCCCGGCCGCCCCCCGAGGCCGGGAGGGGCUCACGGACCCCCCCCCAAACAGCUCGGAGCAGGAGGAGCGGCAGGACCAGGCCAACUACAGCCGGCGGGCGCGCAGAACCUCAGCAGGAAGCACCAGAUCCUGA